UUGGGGCUCUAGCCCUUUAAAUCUGCUCAGUUACCAAAAGAGAAGAGGCAUCAGACCCUGUUAAUUAAAGCUCGUCCUGGUCCAUCCUUCUGAGGAGCUGCAGUGCUCCGCUCCUCCCCGAUGGCUUAAGGACUCCCUCAACUCCCGGCCAUGGACCUUGGAGAAGUCCCCCCGAGACCAGCAGGAGGCUCUCCGUGUCUCCGCUGACGCUCCCUUGACGGGCUGGCCAGUAGCUUGGAGAACAUCGCCCUGGAUCGCCGAUGCGGCUGCCUGAGCAACCUGGAGAGGGGAAACCUGAGAAUGAGGACAAGGGGAACCUCGGAGCCCCCAGAGGGGGCAAGGAGCUGCCACCAAGCCAGGCCCCCAACUUCCCCACUUGGGAGAAGAUGCCGUUCCACCACGUGACCGCCGGCCUGCUGUACAAGGGGAAUUACCUCAACCGCUCUCUGUCUGCGGGUAGCGACAGCGAACAGCUUGCUAACAUCUCGGUGGAGGAGCUGGAUGAAAUCCGAGAGGCCUUCCGGGUUCUGGACCGAGACGGGAACGGCUUCAUCUCCAAGCAGGAGCUGGGCAUGGCCAUGCGCUCGCUGGGGUACAUGCCGAGUGAGGUGGAGCUGGCCAUCAUCAUGCAGCGCCUGGACAUGGACGGUGAGCCGGUGCAGUCCCCCUUCUUCGAGUCUAAAUAG